AUGGCUGACGGCGGCGGCUGGAGCACAAUCGAGUCCGAUGAGGGCGUCUUCACCUCCCUGAUAGAAAACCUCGGCGUCAAAGACGUCCAAUUCGAAGAACUCAUCUCCCUCGACGCAGACACAAUACGCUCCCUCAGCCCCGUCUACGGCGUCAUCUUCCUCUUCAAAUGGAUCCGCGAAACGCCCUCGCCCACCCCCUCCCAACCCCUCGACGGCACCUACGCCACCAACCCGCCCGAGAACCUCUUCUUCGCCGCCCAAACCAUCCAAAACGCCUGCGGCACGCAGGCCAUCCUCUCCGUGAUCCUCAACCAAGACUCGCCCGCGACCAGCACGCACCCGAUCGCCAUCGGGCCCGAGCUCCGCGCCUUCAAGGACUUCACGACGGGCUUCCCCCCGGACCUCCGCGGCGAGGCGCUCUCGAACUCCGAGGCGAUCCGCACCGCGCACAACGCGUUCGCGCGCGCGUCGCCCUUCGUCGACGAGACCGUGCGCGGGCCCCACGAUGAGGACGGCGACGUGUAUCAUUUCAUCGCCUACACCCCCGUCGGCGGGGUGCUGUAUGAGCUGGACGGGCUGCGGCCGUAUCCGAUUGCGCACGGCCCGUGCGACGCCGACAGUUUCCCCGACAAGCUGAUCGGCGUGCUGCAGCGGCGCAUUGCGAGGUAUCCCGAGGGCGAGACGAGGUUCAAUCUCAUGGCUGUGGUGCGGGACCUGCGGGUGCGCGCGAGGGAGACGGGCGAUGCGGAGUUGUUGGAGCGUGAGGCGCGGAAGAGGCGCGCCUGGGCCUGGGAGAAUACGCUGCGGAGGUCGAAUUUUGUCGGGUUUAUUGGGGAGAUGGUCAAGGGGGUGGUGGGGUUGAAGGAGAGGGAGGGGCCCGGGGCGUAUGAGAAGUGGGUGGAGCAGGCCAAGGGGGAGACCCAGAAGAGGUUGAUGACUCGGAGAGGAUGA